AUGCGCCCUUUACCAGGCGACGAUGCUUAUCCAGGGAGAUCUCGGAGUACGAGUAUCAACGAUAAUGACCUGACACCACUCGCAAAUAGGACACAACCUCAGCAGAUGAGCUACUUUCUUGCAGAUGAGAGAACGUUAGACUCCGGAGAGGCCCAACCUAUUCGUGUUCCUUUAAAACCAAGAGAUUUCAUGAAGAAUAGUACAUACGGUGUAGAGAGCAUUGAAACUACGAUUAACUCUUUAUCUGAAGGCAGUGGUGAUGAGGAUGGAAAAUUCGAUAGAGCUAGGGAGAAAUUCAAGAAAAAUCUUGCAGAGAAAUUACAAUCUGUAGGAGAUUUGAGGUCUCGUUCUCCAAAACCCUCCUACGAUAUAAGUGGAACUACUUCUCCGACUCGUCCUUCCACUACCGAAGCUUCCAGACCUUAUACUCCUAUGUCUUUAUAUUCCGCUGCUCCAGGCUCUAUUAUUAGCAGCCCUGAUUCGAGGGGUUCGGACUCAGAAUCAUUGAAUGAUGAAAUAUCAAGCCAGGCUAUCCUAUCGGGUGGAGAAGACGAACAAAAUGUACCGGCGAUGAUGGAUAGUGGCUCUGCCCCUCAACUGGUUAUGCCGAGUAUCAAAAUGCCUAGCGUGGGCAAGACUUCUUUAAUCAAAGCUAUCGUACAAGUAUGCGAAGACAUCGUACAUGUUGAUCCCUUAUCUACUACACCAGCCCCGGUCCCCGACAAAAGGCGAGAUUCCAGAAAACAGGCCAGAUCCGGAGGUGAUGCGCAAACUACAACUCAAAUCACAGAGAUAUAUGCUAGCACUAAGGCAUAUCCUAGUUGGUGGUCAGAGGUUGACGAAAGCAAGAUCCUGCGUCGAAGAAAGAGUAUAGGUGACUCGGUCCUCGAAAGAAAUCUGUGCUUUGUUGAUACCCCCGGUUAUGGCAACAAGACUUCUUGCCUCGAAGCCAUCUCUCCAGUUGUUGAUUAUAUCGAGUCUCAGUUUCAAAAGGUCGAAUCUAAAGAUGGGAUGACCGAUUCUGACAUGAUACAUUUGCUUGGUGGAAAUGGCGGUUCUCAAGUGGAUGUCGUGUUCUACAUCAUCAUAAAUCGAAUCAAGCCUGUUGAUAUUGAAUAUCUACGGCGCAUAUCCCCCAUGACAAACGUUAUCCCUUUAAUAGCACGAUCCGAAGUUUUGUCUCUUGAGGACCUUGCCAAGGUAAAAAGACAUGUAUUGAGUGAGCUUCAAGCUGCCAGUAUACGACCAUUUCUGUUCGGGUUGUCCUUCGAUGAUGCUCUACAUUCCUCCCAGCCAGCUGCACCUUAUGCCAUAUCCACUAUGUUGUCGAAGGAUCAUGAAACUAUGGAUGCUAGCCUUCUCAUGAGCUCAGACUAUAUCCAACCAUUGGUUCAGUCCGAACUUACAGCUCUUGUUGAUCAAUUGUUCGAGCCAGAUAGCAUAGCAUGGCUACGGAAUUCUGCAGCGAAGAAAUUUGUACAAUGGCGAAAUGGUUCUUCGGUGCAAAAGCCACAAAGUCUUUAUCGACCUCUGGCACAAUCAUUGAUGUCGUCAUCCACCUCACAAGUACUUACUGCGCCUGUUGGUGCCACAACAUCUUAUGCGUUGGCUCGUAUAACAGACCAUACUCAACGUGAAGAGAGGCUUGCACAAGUGCGACUUUCAAAAUGGGCCACUGACUUACAAAGGAGUCUUCAGAAUGAGCGAGCUAGAUUCGAAGUCUUGGCUCGAAGUGAGAGGGCAGUAUGGCUAACAGAAAGACUCGGAGAGUGCGUACAGGAUGGUACACUCGUCCCAAUCUCUCAGGCACGCCGACCUCAACGAUCGUCCGGUGCUGGAGACUUAGUCAAGCGUGGAUCAUAUUCUCGAACAGCACCUUCUGGCCCAAUCUUGAACACGCAUGAUCCCCUUGGAAUUCUGGAACUCAAUGAAGAUCUGAAACGACGGGGUAUUAUCGCACUGCAAGUAGUGAGCAGUUUUGGGAUCAUUGGUGGCUUGGCAUUUUGGAUCAACCGCAAUUGGCAACCCAGCGGAGCCAGCAUAUGGGGAUUAGAUUGGACUGGUAUCCAAAGAUGUGUGGACUGGAGAUAA